GCACAGAACCUUGCCGCCGUGGUUUUAUCAGGCUAUAUCUAUACGUCGACAGACGCGGGAGUCACCUGGACGGAGCGAACCGACGCAGGUUCCCGUGACUGGGAAUCGAUCGCAUCCUCGUCGGAUGGCAGGCCUGGGCCUCCUGUUCCUACGCCGACCUGGACGGAGCAAACCGACGCUGGUGUCCGUGACUGGGCGUCGAUCGCGUCCUCAUCGGAUGGCACGAACCUUGCCGCCGUGGUGUUAUCAGGCUAUAUCUAUACGUCGACAGACGGGGGCGCCACCUGGAUUGAGCGAACCGACGCUGGUUCCCGUGACUGGGUAUCGAUUGCGUCCUCGUCAGAUGGCACGAACCUUGCCGCCGUGCAGACCUCAGAUCAGGGAGGCUCCAUCUGGACGUCGACCGACGCGGGCGCCACCUGGACGGAGCGAACCGACGCGGGUACCCGUAACUGGGUAUCGAUCGCGUCUUCGUCGGAUGGCACGGUGCGUGUU